AUUGUAAGAACCGCUAGUUUUGCUGACCUUUUCCAGAUUUCACACUGUUCUUACCUUCAGACACUCUUCUGAAACCCGACCAGAACCAUGCCCUUCAUAGAUUUAGAAAGCAACUUACCUGCGAGCAAGUUCUCGGAGGACUUCCUGAAGAAACUAUGUUCAAUGACAGCUGCCGCUUUAGGAAAACCGGAAGAUAGAAUGAUGUUGGUGGUGAAACCUGGACUGCCGAUGCUCAUUGCUGGAUCUUGCUCCCCGUGCGUGGUACUAUCCGUGUCUGCCAUCGGUGUCACAGACACGGCCGAGAAGAACAAGGACCACAGCGCCAAAAUCUUUCAGUUCCUAACGGGAGAACUCGGACUUGGAGAGGACAGGGUUGUGAUCAGGUUCUAUGCGUUGGAGCCUCAUCAAGUUGGAAAGAAAGGAACCGUGAUGAGCUUCCUGUAGAAGUUGCAACAGCUUCAGCAGUGUCAGUGGGAAGGAAACUGAACUGAAUUAAAUUACUAAAUCAA